CACACAACAAUAUAACUUACAGUUAGCUUUCAACAUAAACAACAUAAAAAAGGAACUAAACAAUUAAUUUUCAAUGCAAAAUUUACAACAGAUUUGACGGUUUCCAUGUAUCGUUAAGCCUGUUGAUAAACUCAUGAAACUUUACACCUCGGGGCCAUGUUUUAGUAUCCAAAGCAACAUUAUCCAUCGUUUAUUUAAAACAACCUUAAAUGAUAUAUAGUCCAUAUCAUUGCAGUUUUCCAACGCGGUACCAGUGUUGUUAUAUAUUCAGGCAUUCGGGUUCCAGAGCAUGAAGUGAAUCAGCAACUAAGCGAGCGAUAUCGGUUUCUGUAGCACUACAAGCAAUAUUGGACAAAACAAGCGAGAAAGAUUCAUCACUGCAUUGGUUUGUCGUACGAUGACUGCUAUUGUUCAACGUUGUUGGUGUUGAAACAGGAGUUGAAUGCGGUUGCGAGGAAGCGGUGGUGGGAGCAGAUCGAUCGAUUUUUUUCGUUUAUUUUGGAUAUUGCAUCAUUGAUUUUCGCCACUUGAAAUUUUAGUUCUUCUAGCUCUGAUUGAAUUGUUGACGUCUUCGGUUGCGCUCUUGGUGAAUUAGUGAUCUCUCUUGCCUUGCAGAAUUCAAACAUGCAUUCGUCACAUAUCCAAAUAAUGUUUUUGAAAAGUGCGCAGAGGUCAGACUCACUGACACCAACACAUGAUGCGUGAAACCUUUUAGCGCAUCUUCCUUCACAGAUCGUGUAUAAGCCGUUCAAGGUAUCGAUGUCUGCAGCACACUGUUUGCAUACGGUAUCCAUGAUUGACUACACAAUGGCUUUCAGCUACGCGUUCUGUGCAGUGAUAAUCUGGCAAUUUCAGCACGAUUUAAAGUCACCAACGGACUAUAACAAUGAAAUAUAGCGGCACACCAACGUUAUUGCUUAUGUUUUCGUGCGUGAAGUCAAAUUUAAGCAGUUCUUCAACGUAAAAUCGGCAUUCAAAUACGGACGAAAACGACACUACGUUCAACGGAGCAAACAACGACAACGAAGUUAAUAUAAUCAUACCAAUAACGUGCUUAUCUCCUUAUUGACCACAAGCUGCGAUACGAAACCGUUGUGGUAGUGGAAAAACCACAGAUAACUUUAGAAUCAAUGAUAAAAUGACUGAUAUAAAACCCUGUCUCACUAACAGUUCUCCAAUAGUGCAUUGCAACGCUGUCCAAGUAAUGCAUCUCUGCUCCAGAAUGUUAGUGAAAAUUUUAUUCUUUAUCUGUGUAGUCUGUGCAUUGCAUUGUAAUGGGGCAACGGAGGUGUCCAGUGAGUCAAACAUUGCCAACCGCCCCAUCGAUACUAGCGACAGCUUUGGCUAUGAAGUCCUACUUGGGAAGCUGGAAGAUCUGGAGAGCAAGUUCUGGAACAUGUGGCUUGAGAUGAAGGAACAAAAUGAACAAAUAAUGCGCAACCAUAGCCUUCUAGAGAAUACCCAUCAGGGAAUGCUUUGGAUGCUGACAAGGCUAGAACAAGCUGUGGGCCACAAUAUGACCACCGUGAUGGAUCGGUCAUGGGAGAUUUUGCAGCAGCAAAUCAGUUGUGCCAAUCAUGAAAAUUGGAAACAAUCAGUGCUUGAAAUGCUCCAGAAUAAAACAAUUAUAACUUUUAAGAAACAAUUGCCCACUAUGAAAUCUUAUGAAGAUUGCACCAAAGUUCUAGUGAAUACUUCUGGAAAAUAUAUCAUACAUCCACAGAAUUUUCCAGAACCAUUCGAAGCAUAUUGCGCACAGGAAGUGUUCGAAGGAGGAUGGCUUGUGGUUCAGUACCGUUUUGAUGGAUCGGUCGACUUUUAUCGCAACUGGACUGAGUACAGGAAUGGAUUCGGAACUCUUGACGGAGAGUUUUGGAUUGGGUUGGAGAAACUACACCGUUUGACGAAAAAUGGUGACUAUGAGCUGAUUGUAGAAUUGAAAGAUUACGACGGAACUUACAUAUUUGCUCGCUAUGAUGACUUUGAGAUUGACAAUGAAGAAGAGAAAUAUUCACUUAAGAAAUUGGGAAGUUAUACUGGAAGCGCAGGAGAUUCAUUGAGUUAUCACAAGUCAAUGAAAUUUUCAACCUUCGAUAGUGAUAACGACCUAUCUUCAUUAAAUUGCGCAAAAAACUAUGAUGGAGGAUGGUGGUAUAAAGACUGUCAUUACAGUAAUAUCAAUGGAUUAUACCGAAAAGGGGAUAAUACAAAACAUCUUUGCUGGUAUCACAGAAAAAACAAUUAUGAUGGAUUAGCAUAUUCUCGAAUGCUUAUUCGAAAAAAAUCAUAAGCUUCUGUUAUAAUAAGUGAGUUGAGUUUUCUUGUGAAAUAUAGUAUUCUUAUGAUUAGUCGAAGCUGGUAUGUUAA